AUGGAAGCGUCUUGGGAUUCUCCAUUGCCUGAAGACAUCGAGAAAAAAUUUGAAAUUUGGCAGCGUCAACUUAAAGACUUGAAAGAAUUAGAAAUUUCACGGAGGCUGUCACACCUCGAUCUUAAAGACGCCAGCUUGUCACUAGAGGUAUUUUGCGACGCUUCAAAAUUGGCUUACGCUACGUGGGCAUUUCUUCGAGUUGAGAAAGAUGGCAAGGUGACCUGCCAAUUAAUCCAAGCACGAUCAAAGGUUGCUCCUUUGAAAGGUAUUUCUAUCCCAAGAUUGGAACUUUUAUCUUGCAUGAUCGGAGCAAGGUUAGCUGAUGCGAUAAAGAGAGAUUUGCAUUUGGAAGAUAUUGAAAGCACUUUCUGGUCUGAUUCAAUGGAUGUUCUACAUUGGAUAAAAAGAGAAGGCCCAUGGGCUACCUUUGUUGCUAAUAGAGUGGAGGAGAUAAGAAAACUAUCUUCUGUGGAAAAUUGGAGACAUGUACCUGGUAUUUCUAACCCAGCUGAUCUCCCAUCGAGAGGAUGUACAGUGAGGACCCUCAUCAAAAGUCAUUGGUGGGAAGGACCUGAUUGGAUCAAAAGGUCGAAAGAAGAUUGGCCAAAAUCUGCUCAUUUUCCAAAUAUGGAAGUGGUUAAUUCAGAAAAGAAGAAGACUAUUGUAACCGCUUCUGUUUUACAACUUGAGGAAAAGUAUUAUCAUCGAUUUUCAUCGUAUGUUAAAAUUGUCCGAAUUACAGCUUGGCUUUUAAGGUUUCUUAAGAAUCUGAAGAAUGGGAGAAAUCGAAGAACAGUAGGUCCAUUGAAUUAUGAUGAAAUCAAGAAGGCUGAACGUAUUUUGCUGAAACAAGUGCAGUUAGAAGCCUUUUAUGAUGAGAACGACAAAAGGUUAAAAUCUUUACAAGUUAUCAAAGACUCUGAGGGAAUUCUAAGAGUGAAAACCAGAAUAUUUUUUAGGGAAGACCAUAGAGAUUUUCGUCUACCCAUAAUUCUUCCUUCCGAUCAUCCUGUUGUCAUGACUCUCAUAAUGCAUGAACACGAACAUCAUGGACAUUCUGGAGUUCAAAUGCUUAUGUACCUUCUUAGGGAAAAUUACUGGAUUUUGAAGUCAAGAAAAGCUAUUAAAAAAGUUAUAAAGUCCUGCAUUAUUUGCAAUAGAUUUGAUGCAAAACCGAUUUUUGUUCAGGAGGGCCUAUUGCCUCAAGACCGUGUGAGAGAUGCUGAAACUUUCGAAAUCGUAGGAUUAGAUCUAGCUGGACCUGUCAUCCUUAAAGAAGAAAGAAAGGCUUGGAUUUUGAUCCUAACUUGCGCGGUUUACCGUGCAGUCCACCUCGAACUUUUAACUUCAGUAUCAACUGAAAAUUUCCUACUAGGUUUGAGGAGAUUUAUUGCACGAAGAGGUCGACCAUCUGUCAUCUAUUCAGAUAAUGGUACAAAUUUGAAAAGUGCUCAUCGUCUACUGAAGGAAGUUGAUUUCGAAAAACUGAAGAAUAUUGAAGAACUAAGUCCUAUUUCUUGGACUUUUAUACCUCCAAAUGCCCCCUGGUGGGGAGGAUUUUGGGAGAGACUUAUCGGCCUUAUGAAGCGGAUUUUAAGAAGAACUUUAAGAAAGACAUCUUUAAAUCAUGAAGAAAUGAACACAGUUCUUUGUGACUGUGAAAGAGUAAUGAAUUCAAGACCACUUACUUAUGUUUCGGAAGAUGCCGAAGAUUUGGAACCCCUUACUCCAGCAAUGUUCCUGCACAAUAUUAGAGAAACCGGUGUGCCUGAUUUAGACCUAAUUGAAGAAACUAAGUUUAAUAAAAGAUUGGCCUACCGAAACAGAAUCCAAAAGGAUCUAAGGAAACGUUUUCGAUCGGAAUACUUGGGACAAUUGCGAGAAAUACAAAAGGUAAAAAGAGAAACUGCUUUAUGUAUUGGAGACAUCGUUUUGGUUGAAGAUAAUACCAAAAGAUUGAACUGGAAUUUGGGGAGGAUUUUGAAACUGUUUCAAGGAAAAGACAAUAGAGCUAGAGUAGCUCUAGUUAAGACCAAGUUUGGUUCUUUUCUGCGUCCUGUGCAGAAAUUAUAUCCACUUGAAGUGAGCGAAAAUGAUAAACCUGUUGAACACAAUACUAAUUCUCCUCUAAUUUCAGGUGCUAAUAGACGAGAGACUUUUCCCAUCUCUUUAGAUAGGAAGACUUCCCUGAUAGAGCCCCCUGAUGGUCUUCCACUUCCUUCUAAAGAAUCUGACUGUGGAGCCGACGAUGGAUUCUUCGCCUCUCCUUCCGAAUGA